ACUCACCGUCACUUCCUGUUAUUGCACCGCUCUAACAACGUGCAUUGGGUUCAUUUCACUCGUGUGUAGUACUAGUGUUAUGUGUAACGAGGGUUGUCUUUCUUUUUACAAUGCAGGUAUCCAGCGUAAAUGAUGCAAAGAUUUAUAAUUUAAGUCACGGCAAGUCUCUUCCGGAAUGGCUGUCAGAUUGGAAGAAAAGGCAGCCGCAAAAGGGCGAUUCAGAUAUUCAGCGCAGGAUUGAGCUCAUCCAAGACUUUGAGAUGCCCACUGUGUGCACCUCCAUCAAAGUAUCUAGAGAUGGGCAUUUCAUCUUGGCAGCAGGAACUUAUAAGCCCAGGGUCCGCUGCUACGACACUUAUCAGCUGUCCUUGAAGUUUGAGCGCUGUCUGGAUUCAGAUGUUGUGGCCUUUGACAUACUGUCUGAUGACUACUCCAAGUUGGUUUUUUUGCACAGUGACCGCUACGUAGAGUUUCACUCACAACAUGGCCACUACUACAAGACUCGUAUUCCAACCUUUGGAAGAGCCUUCUCUUACCAUUACCCCUCCUGUGAUCUCUUCUUUGUGGGUACCAGCUCAGAGGUUUUCCGACUGAACCUGGAACAAGGCCGUUUUCUUAACUCACUACAGACAGAAGCUGUGGAGAAUAACGUGUGCGACAUAAACCCUGUCCAUCACCUCAUUGCCACUGGCUCCUCUGAGGGGAGGAUUGAAUGCUGGGAUCCUCGUGUCCGAAACAGAGUGGGCACACUGGACUGUGCCUUAAGCAGCAUCAGAGAAGGAACAGAAGUUCAGGCCUUGCCUUCUGUCACUGCACUCAAGUUUAAUAACUCCCUCUCGAUGGCAGUUGGAACCGGCUCAGGACAGGUUCUGCUGUAUGAUCUGCGCUCCAGUCAGCCUCUGUUGGUUAAAGACCAUUUCUACAACCUGCCAAUCAAAUCCCUCCAUUUCCAUGAUCAGCUGGAUCUGGUCAUGUCUGCUGACUCCAAGAUCAUAAAAAUGUGGAACAAAGACAGUGGUAAAGUGUUCUCUUCCAUAGAACCUCCGGCCAACAUCAAUGACGUGUGCAUCUACCCUCAGUCAGGUUUGCUCUUCACGGCUAAUGAGGAUCCUAAGAUGAACAUAUUCUACAUUCCGGCCUUGGGCCCUGCACCGCGUUGGUGCUCCUUCCUAGACAACCUGACAGAGGAGUUGGAGGAGAGCCCAGAGAGUACAGUGUAUGAUGACUACAAAUUUGUCACCCGGAAGGACCUGGAAAAUCUUGGUUUAUCUCACCUGAUUGGAUCAUCUCUUUUAAGAGCUUACAUGCAUGGUUUCUUCAUGGAUAUACGUCUUUAUCACAAGGUCAAAAGCAUGGUCAACCCUUUUGCUUAUGAGGAGUACCGCAAGGAUAAGAUUCGACAGAAGAUUGAGGAGGCAAGAACUCAGAGAGUGCAGAUCAAGAAACUACCUAAAGUAAACAAGGAGUUGGCACUCAAGCUGAUGGAGGAUGGUGAAGAUGAAGCAGUACUGGCCAGGAGGACAAAGAAGGGCAAGGCUGUCCCCAACAUCCUGAGUGAUGACCGGUUUAAGGUGAUGUUUGAGAACCCUGACUACCAGGUAGACGAACAGAGUGAAGAAUUCCGCCUACUCAACCCCAUUGUCUCCAAAGUUGGACUCAAGAACAAGAAAAAGCUGCGCCUGCUGGCUCAGCAAGCUGCCUCCUUACAGAAGAUGAAUGAAGAUGAGGAUGAGCCCGAAGGUCAAGCCAGCUCAGAGGAAGAGAGCUCAGAUGACGACAAGAGCUGGGUGGAGGAGGUGAGGGAGCAGCGAAGGUUGCUGCGGCAGGAAGACUGGGAGCGAAGACGACAAGAGAGGAAAAAUGUUGACCGUAACACUGUCUUGUUGGAGAAUGCAAGACAGAAAAGUUCAGUCAAGUCUGAGAGCAAGGAGAGAUCUCAGCCUCAGUUUUAUCAACUCAAAGCUGGGGAGGAGUUCAGAAGUUUUAAUGACGUGACUCACAAGCAGAAGCUUCAGAAGGCAUCUCUUGAGGACCGACUAAAGUUGGAAGAAAAUUCAGAAACCAGCAACAUGGCCAACACUGCAGUGGGCAGCAAACAGUUGACCUUUACUCUUCAAAAGUCCGAGCAGCAAAGGAAACAGCAACAGGCCGAGCGGGAGCACCAUGAGGAGAGGAAGCAGCUGCGGCGGUCAGCUGGACAUCUGAGCAGCCGCCGUGGGAGAGGCUGGGGCGGCAGAAGAGGAGGACGAGGUCGACAUUGAGGAAAGCCACUGGUUUGGCCGUUAUAAAGUUAUUUUGGAAAAAAACAAAAUGAGACACCCAUUACAUAAAUCAGAGUUUAAUAGAAUCUGUCAUAAACUCACCUCAGAUGUCUGGACUGAUGUCCUGAAGUCAGUAAUGCUUUAACUUACUUCUUCAGACUCACAAGACAGUGACAGUUGCUGAUGAACUGGAGUGUCCUAUUCCUGAAUGAUCUCAACCAUGUGUUUACAUCCUUAUUCAGAGAAUCUGUCUUUUUGACAACGUGUAUCAGAGCUUAGAGGAGUCCAAAUGGCCAGCCAGAGACUGUACUGAUGUUCACCUAUAGUGUGUUUCUAUUACUGCGUUUGGUAAACUGUUUUUUUUAAACAACCCUCUUCUUAUUGUAUGUUUUAUAUCAAUAGUAAAUUGAUUAAAACAACUCUUGUUCAA